GCGCUCGCAUUUUUCAUUCGCCGCUCGUCGCUUCGACAUCUCGCAGCCGCGAUUUCUGAAGACGAAAAUGCCGUCGCACAAAACCUUCCGUAUCAAGAAGAAGCUCGCGAAGAAGAUGAGGCAGAACAGGCCCAUCCCUCAUUGGAUCCGUUUGCGCACCGAUAACACCAUCAGGUACAACGCGAAGCGCAGGCACUGGCGCCGAACCAAGCUUGGCUUCUGAGGUCCCUGCUCGCAGAAUCUGCGCCUUUCUCAUUUGGCAUGUUCUUAUUUAAUGAAGAAUUUUGAUAUUUUUCUUUUUUAAACAACUUAUGCUUCGUAUUCUCCCAGAACCAAGUUGUAAGAACUCAUACGAGUUCAUUUUCUAUUAGCUUUCGUUAAUUAAUUAGAGUGAUUUUCAGUUGGAUUAUUUGCUUUGAUCUUUUAUGGAGCUACCUUUUAGAUGAUAA